AUGGCAAUCGCAAGCACGAUCAGCCCGUUGCUGAAGACUGGAUUACAGUUCAUCGGUGUGUGGCCGGACAUAGCAUAUGUCGCCAUUAAACGGCUUGUUUAUAUAUCGAGUAUUCUAAUUAUGCAGUAUUUUCAAUAUCUCUAUGUUUUCGAGCACUUCAAGUUCGACGAGAUACAGAAUUUGGCAGACAGCUUACCACCAACUUUAGAAUAUAGUUUGACGAUCAUGAAAUUAAUGACGCUUUGGAAAAAUCGUCGAUGUGACAACGGUACUACAAUGAAGAAGCUCUAUCCGACUAAAGCGUCACAUUGCAGUGUCAUUCGCGAAAUACUGGAGGCUAUAGACACGGAUUGGCGCUUGAACAUGAUCACCUCUGUGCUUUAUCUCCUGGGCGAUUAUGCACUUAGUAACGUGCAUCAGACUAAGAGCGACAAUGAUACCUCACGGCCGUUUCCAAUCAAGAUAAUGUUUCCCUUUGAGAGCAAGCAAUCGCCGAUCUAUGAACUGUUGUUUAUCAUAUUGUUUCUGCAUGUAAUGUUAAACGUGUUCACGUUCUCCCUUGUGAACGCUUUAAUUUUUACUCUGGUAUUUCAUGCAAGUGGACAAAUUGAUAUCAUACGUGAAGAGUUCAAAAUCAUCUCUGAGAAAUUUCCCUAUUACAGACAUUCUGAGGAUACAAUAGGAACGUUGGUCGAGAGGCAUAAUAAAGUCAUAUUGUUUUCCCAGAAUCUUGAUAAACUUCUUUCUUUUAUGGCUUUAAUGCAAGUGUUUUGGAAUACAUUGGUCAUCUGUUGCGUAGGAAUUCUCUUGAUAAUAGUGAGUAUAGCAGUAUCCGUACAAAUGUUCAGUGAUUCAUAUGGUAAAUCAUGCAGCUUAUUCAGCCUUUUAAUUGAACAGACUUUUCAUAACAAACCUGGCGUCGGUUUGGUGAAAGCCGUAUUUUGUUAUCUCGCUAUAGCGAUAGAAAUAUUUGUCUUUUGCUUCGCUGGAGAAUAUCUUAGUCUUAAGAUCAUGAAAGCGUCAGCGUCGUAUGUGUCCGUCUUGAAUGCCAUGUAUUGA